UCGAACCCAGAAUCUCUGGUGGCACAACUAGCACUGCGAUGCAGUGCCUUAGACUACUCCGCCACCCGGGAGGGCCCCCCUUUUGCACUUUUGACUCCUCACCAACGCUGCUACUGUUAUGUCACUUUAUUCCUAGUUAUAUGUACAUAUCUACCUCAAUUACCUCGUACCCCUGCACAUUGACUCGGUACUGGUUGCCAAGUUAUCUCAUUACUCAUUGUGCAUUUAUUAUUAAAUGUUUUACUUUUCUAUUAUUUCUCAAUUUUUUUCUCUCUGCGUUGUUUGUAAGGGCCUGUGAGUAAGCAUUUCACUGGUAGUCUACACCUGUUGUUUACGAGGCAUGUGACAAAUAACAUUUUACGGGCCCUGGAGUGGAGACUGCAGUUUUGCUUCCUCUGUUCAUGUUUGGGAGAUAGGAUGUCACUCCAUCAAUAACAGCCAGCCUGUGCUCCUGCAGCUCUGACUGCGAUCAAGCUCUGAAUUAAUGAUGGGAGCCCUACUUCUGGUAGCCAAAUUCAGCUGCCUGGUCUCCUUACUGACAAAGGUGUGGAGCAUGUGGGCGUCUUGCUGUAACUGGUUAUGUUUGGACACUGCCACGGUGGAGGAGAGCAACAGCCGCACGCGUCACCAGGCCUAUACUAACUCAGGCUACAGCAACUACCCGUCACCCCCACUCCCGGACCACACGUGCAAAGCCUGCGGAAGCCACUUCGUCACCCUAGCCAGAAAGCAUGUCUGCAUGGACUGCAAGAAGAACUACUGCGGCAAGUGUUCGGCCCAGCUUGAGCCCCGUCCGCGCCUUUGCCACACCUGCCAGCGGUUCCACGGCACACUUUUCGAGCGCACCGAGCUGAUGAAGCUCAAGGUGAAGGACCUGCGCGACUACCUCCACCUGCACGAGGUCUCAACGCAGAUGUGCCGUGAGAAAGAGGAACUGGUGGAGCUGGUCCUGGGACAGCAGACACCCUCUGACCCAAUCGUAAACCCUCUGACCCAAACCGCCUUCCAGCAUGAGACAACUCCUCCUCCAGCCCCCCCCACCACCACCACACCCUUUACACACCCCGACUCCACAUCCACCUCCACAGACCAUGUCCCUUCACAGCCGCCACCCACUCAGGAUGACAGUCAGACCCUGUCUGUGUUGGUGCCCUCGGGUCUUGAGGAGCCACUGGACACUGAGGGAGACACAGAGUUGCAGGGAGAGCAGGAGCUGCAGUCCUCAGACACAGAGGAGGUGCUGGUGCAAGGCUGCAGGGCGUCGCUGUCCGACCUGGCCAUGGCGGAGGACAUCGAGGCCCUCAGCGUCCGGCAGCUCAAGGAGAUCCUAGCCCGUAACUUUGUCAACUACAAGGGCUGCUGUGAGAAGUGGGAGCUAAUGGAGAGGGUCACCCGCCUCUAUCACGACCAGAAGGACCUCCAGAAUCAUCUGGUUUCAAGUACAAAUGAAGGCACAGACCCCAGCGGUACUCCUGGCCAGGAGGAGAACCUGUGUAAGAUCUGCAUGGACUCUCCCAUUGACUGUGUCCUGCUGGAGUGCGGCCACAUGGUCACCUGCACCAAGUGUGGCAAGCGGAUGAACGAGUGCCCCGUCUGCAGGCAGUAUGUGGUGCGGGCCGUUCACGUCUACUUGUGGCCUUACCACCUAUAGACUAGACGAGGGGUAUUAAACCCUUACCCUACGGGGUCCGGAGCCAGCUGGUUUUCUGUUCUACCUGAUACUUAAUUGCACCUACCUGGUGUCCAAGGUCUAAAUCAGUCUGAGAUUUAGAGGGGAACAAUUUAUAAAAAAAAGCAGUGGAACAGUCUUUGAGAUCCAGAGUUGAGUUUAAGGGGACUAGACUAACCACCUCUCCCUCCAGAUCUCCACUGCUCUGAUGGUCCUUGAGACCCUGAGUACUGGUUCCUCCUGCUGGAAGGACGAACAGGUGAGGUGAACCUCAUUAUCCCUUUGAGAAACCACACAAACCCAAUGACUGGACGUGGGCACUUCCUACUUUUAUUGACUGGACUCCUAUAGCUCAUAUCUCCAAGCUGAUUAGGAUAUGUCUUAUUAUUAGAAUAAGAGAGUGCCUGUAUUAAACAGGCAAUACCAUAUUUAUUUAUUUUUCCUUUGGAGACCUGCAUAUAAACACAACAAUUUCAAAGAUUUUGCUGAGUUACAGUUAAUAUAAAGAAAUCGGUUAACUGAAAUAAAUUCAUUGGGCCCUAAACUAGAGAUUUCAAAUGACUGGAAAGGGGCACAACCAUGGGUUGGCCUGGGAGGGCAUAGGCCCACCCAAUGGGGAGCAAGGCUCAGCCAAUCAGAAUGAGUUUGUCCCCACAAAGGGCUUUAUUACAGACAGAAAUACUCCUCAAAUGUUAGUGGCCUUUUAUUGUUCCCCGCACAAGGUGCACCUGUGUAUUGAUCAUGCUCUAUAAUCAGCUUCUUGAUAUGCCACACCUGUCAGGUGGAUGGAUUAGCUUGAAAAGGGCAAAAAUGCUCACCAUCAGGGAUGUAAACAAAUUUAUGCACAACAUUUGAGAGAACAUUUCUGGGAUCUUUUAAUCAGCUCAUGAAACAUGGGACUGACACGAAACAUGUUGCGCUUAUAUUUUUGUUCAGUGUAUAUAUAAGUCCCAAGUGCUCUUAAUAAUGGAUUGGAUUUAUGUAACUGUUAGAGUUGAACCACAGUAAAAGGGAAAGCAUUUACAUUAGUGGUUGAGCUGAGAACACAUCCAUAGUAUUUCCCUAUGUGUCUUUUCAUUACUCUGCGCUUAGCAAAGCAGGAACCCCCUGUGGUGGUAUAGUGUAAAAGUCAUAAGUAUGUUAAGGGUUCAGAGCUUGACGAGUUACAGCGGCCAGGGAAACACCUGUAGAAUGGCACUGGCUGACUCACAUUCUCUCAGCUUGCCGCUGGUGACUGGGGCCUCCAACUCAAAAGUGUGUUGCUGUGUGCCAGAAAUUAAAUGCAUGCUUGUUUUGUAACCCUUAGACACUGCGUACAUUGUUUAUUAAUGAAGCAAAGCCGGCAGAUGUUCACUCAAUCCCUCUGCUGUGGAAUCACGUGGACACACAGUUUUAGUGCUUACGUUUUAGCCUGGUCCCAGAUCUGUUUGUGCUGUAUAGCCAACUAUUGUCACGCCAAACCAAGAGUUCCCUGAGGGAGAGGCCCUUUUUCCACUGCAAACGGCACUAUCUGCCAUACUUUGUAGAAAGACACUACGGGCGCCGUACACCAACACACCACAAGGAGAGAUGACCGUGAAGGUGACGAGGAACAGAGGUCCUGACCAACGCAAUAAACCAAAAAGGCAGAACUACUACCAGAGGCUUCCGACCAAGGGUUUUGCAUGACAUGGACCAUAGGAUUUGGCUAUACAGCACAAACCGAUCUGGGGACCAGGCUACCUACAUGCUGACAGUGGGAAAGAAUCUGUGGAUCAGUGGUUCUUCACUAUUCCAACUACAUACAAGUGCUUUAUCCUUCCAAUACUCAACUGCUCAUUGUAUUGUAUCUUUCAGCAUCAACAUUGACCAAAGGCCCUUACACUUGCUAUUGUAUUUUGAUUUUUUUUAAAUAAACCAUAAACCAUGUCAAAAUAGCCUGGUGUAUAGCUAGAUCUAGUCGUGCAUAAGCAUAUAAUUCACUAGUUGUGCAUUAUGCGUUGUCAUGACACACAUAAAAGAUGAGUUGUCGAAAGCACAAGCAGAUCUUUGGCAAUGCCCAAGAUGGAAGUUAAAACUCUUAAAGACAGCUCAUCCGUUUGGCUAGCCAAGUACCUUAACUCCACAAUGAGACUAUCGUUUUUUAAAUGAACCUCUGACUCUUUUGAGUCGCUAUGAGGUUGAUACAUUUUUUUUAAUCAUUAAACCCUUACGGUGUACCUAUGUUUGUCCUCUGUUGCAUGCCUUUCAUUGUUUGCUGAAUACUUUUUAAUAAAACCAAAUACAACAA